AGGCCUGAGUUUCUGUCUGCAGGUGUCGACAGCGAGGUCCCGCGGCACAGCCAGGUUCGGCCCCAUGGUGGGGUUCGGGGCUAACCGGCGGGCUGGCCGCCUGCCCUCCCUCGUGCUGGUGGUGCUGCUGGUGGUGAUCGCCAUCCUCGCUUUCAAUUACUGGAGCAUCUCCUCCCGCCACGUCCUGCUUCAGGAGGAGGUGGCUGAGCUGCAGGGCCAGGUCCAACGCACCGAGGUGGCCCGCGGACGCCUGGAAAAGCGUAAUUCCGACCUCCUGCUCUUGGUAGACUCGCACAAGAAACAGAUCGACCAGAAGGAGGCCGAUUACGGCCGCCUCAGCAGCCGGCUGCAGGCCAGAGAGGGCCUGGGAAAAAGAUGCGAGGAUGACAAGGUUAAAUUACAGAACAACAUAUCAUAUCAGAUGGCAGACAUACAUCAUUUAAAGGAGCAACUUGCUGAGCUUCGUCAGGAGUUUCUUCGACAAGAAGACCAGCUUCAGGACUACAGGAAGAACAAUACUUAUCUUGUGAAGAGGUUAGAAUAUGAGAGUUUUCAGUGUGGACAACAAAUCAAGGAAUUACGAGCACAGCAUGAAGAAAAUAUUAAAAAAUUAGCAGACCAGUUUUUACAAGAACAAAAGCAAGAGGCCCACAAGAUUCAGUCAAAUGAUGGGAAUGAAUUGGGUAUAAAUGAUCAUGAUGCAUCUAAAAAUAUUCCAAAAGUAGCUGAGAAUGCUGCAGAUAAGAAUGAAGAACCCUCAAGCAAUCAUAGUCCACUUGGAAAAGAACCAGUCAAGCGAGGUGGUGAUGCAGGGAUGCCUGGUAUAGAGGAGAAUGACCUUGCAAAAGUUGAAGAUCUUCCCACUUCUUUAAAAAAGCCCCCUAUUUCAGUUUCUCAACAUGAAAAUCAUCAAGCAAUCUCCCACCUUCCAACUGGACAACCUCUCUCCCCAAAUAUGGCUCUAGAUUCACACAUAAACCACAAUGGAAACCCUGGUACUUCAAAUCAGAUACCUUCUAAUCCUCUUCAGCCUUUAGUUCCAGGCCCAAACGUGGAGAGUGAACCCAGAAUUCAAACAGAUGUACUAAAGCAGGCUACCAAGGAUAGAGUUGGUGAUUUCCAUAAGUUGAAGCAAAAUGAUGAAGAACGAGAACUUCAAAUGGAUCCUGCAGACUAUGGAAAGCAGCGUUUCAAUGAUGUCCUUUAAGUGCUAAAGGAAAACUUAAGAAAACCUAAAGUGCUGUAAAAUGGAAUCAUUUCUACUUUGUUGUUUUUUGACUUUUGUUGUAAAAGAUCAGUUGUAUCAGUUGUAAAGAUACAUUGAGAUAGAUUUAAGUAAAAACUUUAAUGGAAGAAUGUACCCAUGUACAUAUGUGAACUUUUUCAUACUGUAUUAUCAAAGCAAAGACUUUUUUUUGGUUAUGAUACAGUUGAGCCAAAAACAAAACAAGCAAAACUGUAAUCUUUACAUUUAAAGCAAACUAAUGUAUAUUUUAAAUUUUACUGAGCCUAAUUCUUUCCAAAAGUGGACAAACA